AAACACACACACACAAUUCUGCUAUUUUGGAAAAUAUAAAAAAAAAGUGGGAAAAUGGGCGAACGCUACAAUAUACACAGCCAGUUGGAGCAUCUCCAGAGCAAGUACAUCGGCACUGGACACGCAGAUACGACCAAGUUCGAGUGGCUGACCAACCAGCACCGCGACUCACUGGCCAGCUACAUGGGACACUACGAUAUCCUCAACUAUUUUGCCAUUGCGGAGAACGAGUCGAAGGCCCGGGUGCGGUUUAAUCUGAUGGAGCGCAUGCUGCAGCCUUGUGGACCCCCUCCCGAGAAGCUAGACGACUAGGAAAAUGCAUUUAUAUUAUAAUUAUGAAAAUAAAUAAGGUUAAAGCAA